AGUGAAAAUUCUCUCGGUCUACACAGAAGUGCAUGGUUGGUUAUCUGUUUAACUUUUUCAGACGAACCAACAUUGAAGGUGUUUUAAUAGUGACACAGAAAGCAAUUAAAAGUUUUAAUUUAAAACACAAACCUACUUUAACAGCAACUAGAAAAGGAUGGCCUUCAAUCUGAUUGGGUAUGGUUACGCUGUCUUGGUAACUACUGGGGGUAUAAUUGGCUUCGUUAAAGCAGGAAGCAUCGCCUCGCUUGUUGCGGGACUUCUGUUCGGAGUACUGGCGGGGGUUGGCGCCUACCAAAUGUCUCAGAAUUCUGAUAAUUUCUGGGUCUUGCUGGGCACCUCUGGGAUCCUGGCUGCUGUGAUGGGCGUGAGGUUCCUGAACUCAUGGAAGUUUAUGCCAGCAGGACUUGUGGCUGGGGCAAGCGUAUUGGUGUUUGUGAAGAUUUGUGUGUGCUUGCUGUGCAAACCAGGUCAUCCAGAUAGUGGCAAAAGAUCUUGAGCAUUUAACAUACGACUUCAAUGGAUUGUUGAAAAUGAGACUGUGGAAAAAACACCACCACACAUGUGUAACUGAGAUUGAAUUAGUCAUAAAUCAUGUCAACCAUCAAGUUGCUCUGUCUCUCUCUGUUAAAUGGGUGAUUCAGAGUAGUAACACAACUACAUGAGUUUUAAAAUGAAUAUAUGCCGUAUUUUCCGGAGUAUAACGGCUCCUACACACAGUUGCGUUCCGUCAACGCAUUCCAGUGGGUGUUCCCGACGGUAGCUAUGCAAAUGAUUUGAAGUAA